UGACACCAUGGUCAACUCCUGUUGUGGAUCCGUGUGCUCUGACCAGGGCUGUGGCCAAGGCUCCUGCCAGGAGAGCUGUUGCCGCCCCACCUGCUGCCAGACCACUUGCUGCAGAACCACCUGCUGCCGCCCCAGCUGCUGUGUGUCCAGCUGCUGCCGCCCCUCCUGCUGUGGCUCCUGCUGUGGCUCCAGCUGUUGCAGGCCUACCUGCUGCCAGACCACCUGCUGCCGCCCCAUCUGCUGCUGCCAGACCACCUGCUGUCGCCCUAGCUGCUGUGUGUCCAGCUGCUGCCGCCCCAGCUGCUGUGGCUCUUGCUGCUGCCGCCCCUCCUGCUGUGGUAGCUGCUGUGGCUCCAGCUGCUGUCGUCCUUCCUGUUGCAUCUCCAGCUGCUGCCGCCCCUCCUGCUGUGGUAGCUGCUGUGGCUCCAGCUGCUGCCGCCCUUCCUGUUGCAUCUCCAGCUGCUGCCGCCCCUCCUGCUGUGGUAGCUGCUGUGGCUCCAGCUGCUGCCGCCCUUCCUGUUGCAUCUCCAGCUGCUGCCGCCCCUCUUGCUGCGGCUCCAGCUGCUGUGGCUCCAGCUGCUGCCGGCCCUGCUGCUGCCCCUGCUGCUGCCUCCGCCCAGUCUGUGGCCAGGUCUCCUGCCCCACCAAUUGCUAUCGCCCCACCUGUGUCAUCUCCACCUGCCCCCGCCCCAUGUGCUGUGCUAUCCCUGACUGCUGCUGAUUCUUUGCCUGUAAUCUGUCACACUAUGGACAUCCUCACGAGUCACCUAAAAUGUGUUGAGCCAGCCAGUGACUGGGGAAUGAACGCUUAGCUUCCAA